UUUGACCGUUUUAUUUGUUAUUUUUUUUUAAAGCAAAAUCGAUAUACCCUUAUACUUUUUCAAGUUAAACAAAAGCAUUCUAUGAUAUUUUAGAACUUAGAUGCGGAUAGCAUUAUGAAUAUCAUGGACGAAAACAGCGAAAUAGGACGUCAUCUGAAGAAAGCUUGGGAAACACAAGAUGUGGAGCAACCGGAACAAGAAUCGUUUAUGAAAAAUGGGAUUCUUGCAAUCAUGGGUUCAGAUGACAUUGUGCGGAAAGCCAUGGCGAUGGCGGAUAAGGAAGUCUCUCACCAACGACGGCGUCGUUCUGCCAAAGAUGAUAAAGAAUGGAACACCGUAGUUCACGCAGAAAACAGCCAGGCCAAAUUCCUGGUAGCUGCCAACAAAAUGAGAAUAAAUCUUCUACGCAAGAACCUAGCGGCCAUUGACAAAGAACGGAAAUUAAACGCUCAAAAGAGAAUUCGCAUCAAUCGAAAGCCAUACACGACAGAAAGCAAAGAAAACGUGGAGAGUUCAAAACAGGUGAAAGUUAAAGGUUCCGAGAAAAAUAAUCACUCCCAAGGUCAAGGAGAUACUGAGAAAGAGGACGGCAAUGCAACCUUGUUUGUUUCACGAUCACAGAAAAGAUGGCGACCGUCAACUGUCAACAGUGAAGUAACCGAGGGCUCGCCUACACGUAACCAUGACAACACACCAACACGGGUAAAAUUAAGCAGACCUAGAAGUGCCAUUGUAACACACAAGGAAGCGACGUCAUAUAAUGACAAGCAGCAGACGACAAAACAUUAUAGAAGUUGUAGAAGCUUACACAACAGCUCAAAUAACGUGUCUGUUGUUCCUGUCAAGGGACUUAUUACUUCCCGCCCAAACAGCGCCUCUUCUCGCCCAAACAGCGUCAGGGGCGUCGGGCGCCAAGUGUUCAGUAACUAGUAUCUAUCUUAAGUGGUUGCUAUACUCAUCAGAACUAUACACAGAGUUGUUACUUUAUUGUUGUUGAUUAAUAAAAAGAAAA